ACAAUGGAAUUGUGAAGCCACUCCGGAGCGCGAGCCGAGCAAGGAGUAGGCUUCCGAGGCAGCGCGAAAAGGGAGCAGUCAAUGCCAACCUCAAAAGCAAUAUGGAUGAAUGGCCACCUAAGUGGAAUUGGUGAUGUCACAGUGAGAAUGCCACCACCGCACAUAUCUCGUCUUCUUUGUCUCUUUCUUUUUCUCGGCAAUCUUUGGGAAGGACUUGCUAAAUCCAUUCCGGACCAGGGAGCACUUGAGGUGCUCAUCAGAGUCCAGGUGUUUGACAACAGUGACCUUUCACCUCUGGCAGAGGCUGCAGUGGAGGUUUAUGGGAACCAGUCUACCUUGGCAUCCAGCAAGGCUGGCAAAGAUGGCGUCGUCAUGGUCACCUUCCUGUACCGCCCUGGCACCUGGGUCAUUGUCACGGCAACAAAACAGGGCUUUGUCACUAACUCCGCCCCCUGGCAUGCCAGCCGCAUCCCCUUGUAUGCUUCAGUCAGCCUCUACCUGCUCCCCCAGCGGCCUGCCACCCUGAUCCUGUAUGAUGAUGUAGUCCAGGUGCUGCUAGGAUUCCCAGGAGUCAAAAACCAGCCAUGGAUACAGCUCCAGAGGAAAGCAGUCACUCUGGCCCUCAACUCUACCAACCCAGAGCUCUCUGCUGUGCUGACCUCCGCACAGAGUCAGUAUGAGAUAGGAGGUUUCCCCUACCCAUUGGGCCUGGAGAGCAAUGCCACCGGGGCUAACAGUAGCUGGGUGGGGCUGACGGCGGUGGCGGCGGUCAAUGCCCAGCUCUUCAGUCGUAACGGGACCAGUGUUCAGGUGUGGGACCCCGUCCAUAUCUGCAUCCCCCUGCCCUUAGACACGCCCCUGCAGACAGCCACCAGUGUCCCCGUGUGGAGGUUCGACGACAAGACAGGACUCUGGGUCAGGAAAGGAACUGGAUACAUCAAGAAAGAAGGAGCACAGCUGACAUGGAGUUUUGUGGCCAACCAGCUAGGAUACUGGCUGGCUGCCUUUCCCUCUACCACAGGCUCAGCUUUGAACCCCAUGGGCCUGCGAGACAUCACCACCUACCACACCAUCUUCCUCCUAACCAUCCUGGGCUCCAUGGCUCUGUUGGUGCUGGUGCUGCUCUGUCUGCUGCUCUAUUACUGCAGGCGGAGAUGUCUGAAACCACGGCAGCAGUACCGUCACGGCAAGAUGCAUGUCUCCUCCGGCAUGGACGGCUCCAAAAGAGAUCAAUGCACCUCUAUGUCCCACCUCAACCUCAUCAGCUCAGGCCACAUCCACAUCGACACAGCUUCCUCCACCGGGGGUGACCCAGACGCCCUCAAAUCAGACCUGACCUCCACCCGGGAUCUCCACAGCUCCAGGGAGGAUUUCUUCCGGCACACGCCCCCAGGAAAGGCCCAGCGCCACUCCAAGGUGAACACGGACAGUAUCACCAGACGUGGCGGUGGGGAGAGUUUUCCCAUGAAGGUGACAACACGCUCUACUAACACUAACAACUUGGAUCCUCAGCUGCUGCUCCGCAACGACACCCGCAGCUUCAGCUCAGCGGAGGAUAAUACCCAUGAUCCUCGACGUCGCCACAAUCACAACGCCAAUGACAACCAAGCUUACUCCUCAGAUCCACCAUCUCCACCACCUUUACUGCCUCCCUUCGCCGGGCACUACCAGGAGUACUCUGGCCUGCCCCCGGAGUACUCAGCGUCCCAGACCGGGGACCUCUUAGCCAGGCCCAACUCUCUAAACACCCAGCCCGGCCAGCUCAUCUUCUGCCACUCCAUGGACCAGAUGAAGGAGAGCAUGUACCGGAGUGUGGUGCCCACGCUGGUCAUCCCGGCCCACUACAUGCGCCUGUCGUCGGACCUGUCGGCUGUGGAGCAGGCAUUGGAGAGGCAGCAACAGAUGCAGCAUGACAUGGAGGGAAUCCAGGUUAGCAUGACUCUGCCCAGGCAGCAGGGACAGGUACACCAGAAUCAGCAGCAGAAACCACAGAACCAGCAACAACAGAAUCAUCAACAGGAGGAUGAGGAAGGGGAAGAACCAGGCCAGCAGAGGGAGGACUCAGAGGGACACUCCAACUGGGCCUCGGACCCUAACGCGGCUCCAGUCCACAUCCCGGUCCUGUUCAACGACAACACCAUAUCUCAGAUGAACGGAGAGCUGCAGGCGCUGACGGAGAAGAAGCUUCUGGAGCUGGGGGUGAAACCGCACCCCCGGGCCUGGUUCGUCUCCCUGGACGGUCGCUCUAACUCCCUGGUUCGCCACUCCUACAUCGAGCUGGGGGGAGACACUCUCAGCAUCCCUGGAGGAGGGGGAGGUGGAGGAGCCACGGGGAGUCAUCAUGACAACAGAGUAGACGUCGCUCGCGAAGCCAACAUAAAGCAGCGGAAGGGAAAGGAGGAGAGGAAGGCCAAGGAAGCGAAAGAGGCUGCAGCUGCGGUUGAGAGGAAGGGUCACGCAGGGAAGACCUAUACUAAACUCCCCUGCAUCGACACCACAGACCCCCCCAGCAGCAGCAGCGAUAGCCACGCUGCCACGUACUCUCCAGAGGACAAUUCUCUGGCACCGCUGCUGGAUGAGGCCCCAGAGACGACCCCCCGUGGGGGCACGUUCCCCCGGAAGGGCCGCAGCCGGGAUAACAGCGCCCGGACCAGUACCACCACUACCACCAGCGAGGUGACACACAGGGACUCAGCCACCAGCCCCGAGGAUGGGGAGGAUGCCGACGAUAAAGACGAGGAGGGGAACAAGAAGAGUCCCUGGCAGAAGCGCGAGGAGAGACCCCUCAUGGUGUGGAAGUAAGAUAUACCUAGGGCUCUCAGGGAACAUUGAGCUACAAGAGAACAGGGGGAGAAGAACCACUGUGUCAAUGAACGCCUAAUUUCUGACUGUGUCCCUUGUAGAUUCUCUACAGAAAGAAGAGCAGAGAAUAUGAGAGGUCUGUCUUGGAGAACAAAGAGAAAGACGUGUGUGAAAGAGAUUAUGAAGUGAGAAUGGAAAUCAAGCAAAGAAGCACAAUUGUCACAUGAGUCGAGAAAGGACCAGGUGUUUUGAAGUCCCACAUUUGCUUGUAGUCAUCACUGAGAUCAGUAGCUAUAUCUGCAUCUCGAUCAGUAGCUAUAUCUACAUUUCCAAAAACAUCACUGAGAUUGGUAGCUAUAUCCCUAUCUCUAGAAGUUUCACAUGGCUGUGGAUGUAUUUAUUUUUUAAAUCAUGAUCCCUAAGCAUGUGGAUGGGAACAUAUGGGAGAGGGAACAAAUGGGAGAGUUCCUCUGACUGGUUGGUGUUCUGAGAUUCUUGAGAAAUGCUCAACAAUGUUUUUCUCCACUGUGCUGUUAAUAUAAUUCCUUGGAAAUGUUACCUAUCCGAUUUUGCUGUUACCUUAGCAUUAACCUCAAGUCAUUUUUACAGACCUUUUGGGAGGCGUCAGCUGGCCAAACAGAAACUUUUGAUUCCUAUGGAAAACCAAGACUGUCGGCCAGAAUUGGAAUGAAUUCAUUUUUUUUUUUUUUUCAUUCUUUAAUCUUGUUUUUCUAACAGAUUAGAUGGCCUUCUUUUUAUGACUGAGUGGUACUUAAUGUCAAUGAGGAGACAGAUCAAUGUAUUAAACAUUGGAAAAAAGGUUGCUGUUGUGAUUGUGAAAUCCUAAUAAGUAAGUCCUAAAACCCAGGGUUUACAACAAUGUUAUUUCAUUUUGUACUCUAAAAUUUUCCUUGGAGAUAAUGGCAGAAAACCACCUCCACGUUACUAUCACUGAAACCUGGAGAAUAAUGCAAACCGUUUUGCGUUGCCAUUUUCCUUACUGACAGAAAAUGUUAGUCGUGUUUUUUUCUUGCUUUUACUAACCUGCUGACCUGGUGACUUGUAACAUUAAAAUCUAUGGAAGCAUGUACCUGACAAAAUUAUUUGAAAUAUUCAUUAAGCAGCGUGGCUGGAAACAAAUUAGAGCAUCACAGAAAGGUUUGCUAGAACAUUUUUGUUAGCUUAGCAUUGCAAGUCUGUACCUUUUUGUUGCAAUAUCAAUUUAAAGCCAGACAUGGAUUGAAUGAUACCGACAUGUAAAAUAUUCGCUUAAAAAACGGAAUAAUUGGGUAUUAUUGCAAACUUGAAAGAUGUUGUGAAAGGAACAGACACUGAGUUGACUGAGUGGAAAUCACAAUUACCUAAUGUUCCCAUAAACUGUGCCAUAUUAGAUUGUCAGUAAUCUCCACUGGCUCAUAUUCUCAAAUCAUCUAAUUAUUAGCCUUCAGAUAAAUAAGACAGGAAUCCAUCAGACCUAAAAAUGUUAAUGUCCAACAAAUCACACCAAACAAUUUGUCUCUUAAGUGCCUUUUUUUAGCAUAAAAAAUAAUGGCUUGGAUUCAAGGCCUCAAUAUGUAAACCCAGCAGUUGUACCAUUGUACAACCUUUCAGAAAGCUACUGGCUAAACCUGGGGUUUAACACAUACUCUGUAACAUGUUUUUCUCAUUCUUUUCAGGUUACGAUAUUGAGUCAUACACAAUGUUAAGCUAUUGUUAGCUAAUCAACUUUGAUUUAAAACAAACAGACAGUACUCAACCUUGAUGAUCAGGGGUCAUUUGAAGGCAAUCAAGCCAUACACUCGCUAUCAGGUUUAUGAAGUCCAGUUGAAGUUCUAUCACAUUGCCUUGUGGACUAAUAUACAGCACGGCCUAAAGAAAAUCAGGUGCAGGGCCUUGCCUAAGAUGCACAGCAGUGGUUCUCUUCAUUUCAAACCUGCAUUGUCACAAUCCCUGUUUUAAACCCACAGUUUUUUUUAUUUGAUAACAACACUGUCACCGCUCUCUCUCCCCCCUUUCUCCAUUCAAAAGUAUGUGAAUGACCCUUAAAAGUCUCUUUUUAAGGAUUGAUACUUUCCACGUUUUCAGUUACUGAGUUGAUACUAGUAUGUGAAGUGGUUUCCCUGUGGUUUGAGACUCAGGAUCACAAUGAACAUGCAUGUUCCUCCUCUCAUAAGCAUUUGUGCUGUUGUGGUCUUUUUUUGUCAAUCAGCUUCUCUCAACGUCAAAAUGGUUUGAUGCUUAAGCUUGCAGAAUUGAGCCACCUGUCUCUGUGAAUAAACCAGCUCCGCUCUGAUAUGGAAUCUCCUUUGACUAUUUCAGAGAGAGAUGUUAUGUUUGUUUAUUUUUGGGGGGGGGGCAGGGUAUGUUUUUGGGAUGAAGUUAACGUCCAAUGUCAUUUAAGGAAUGAGGUUGGCACGAGAACACUAAUAGAGUUAUUGGCCCUACGAGGCACUACUGAAUAGUGUUUUAUGUGGUGUCAUCAAAAAUUGACAUCAGAAAUUGUUCUGAGGACAAGGAUAAUACUGGUGUUUGACGUCUAUAAACACGACACACUUUCAAAGCUCUGACUAUCAAGUCUCUCCAGCCCUGUCAGUGCAGGGCAAGCCACUGAUGAAACUCCCCAUAUUAGCAAGUGGAGCAUCUGUGAAUUCUGACAAAUCACAGCCGACCACACGAUGGUGUCAUUGCUGGAAACAGUGUAAAUUGGGUGUGUUGUGUUCUGAUUAAAUAUGACUUGAGAAAGGUUUUUUUGUUUCCUUUUUUAUAGUUCUUUUUAUAUUUGUGAAUGCCUGGCUAAUCUUAAUCCCUAUAGGCCUACUGUUUGAGUGCUUAUACAAGGUCAGUUGUUGUCUCCUAGGCAACAGACAGAGGGAUGAUGUGCUGUUAUGGUAAACUGGUGCCACCUCCUUUCCCCCUCAGAUCUAUAUUUCUGAGGCAAAUCUUUGCUAACUUUUAUUGCUUGUUAUUAAUAAUGUUAAUAUACAAUCCAAUAAUUAAAGCAUUUAACAAGUAA